AUGGGGAAGGAACACAAACAGCAGGGCCGGAACAAACCCGGUGUGAUGGGGAUGGAGCCCCAGCACCAGCCGUCUUCUGUGGGUUUUUACCGGCAGGGAGGAGGCAGUCACACUGUUUUCCUGGUCCGCCCUCUGCCUCCUCUGUUCAAAGGAAAUGCUCCGCCCGUCAGGCCCAGUCCACCUAAACCUAGAAUGGCAGCAGCCGUGCACACCUGUGAGCGUGGAUGUGUUUGUCCAGCAGGCUGCAGGUCCGUCAGUAAGGCAGCAGCACAGACCCAGCUGGAGUGUGACUACGAUGGACCCUCCAUGAAAACCACCGUCCCUGGGCCCAGGUCACAAGAGCUGACCAAACAGCUGGGAGACAUCCAGGAGCUGGACCUGAGCCCCCCGUCUGAGCCCCGGGGGGCUGUGGGCGCAGAGGGGGCUGUCAGUGGACCAUGGGAUGGGCUAAAACGGUGUGCUGUUGAUGCUCAAGUGUCUUUGCAGAAUGUCGGAGCAGUUAACUUCUUCUGCAACUACGAUGAGAGCAGAGGGAACUACCUGGUGGAUGUGGAUGGCAACCGCAUGCUGGAUGUCUACACUCAGAUCUCCUCCAUCCCCAUUGGCUACAAUCACCCCGCUCUCCUGAAACUGAUGAGCAAUCCCAACAAUCUGAGCACAUUUAUCAACCGGCCCGCCUUGGGAAUCCUACCACCAGAGAAUUUUCCAGACAAACUGGCAGAAAGUCUUCUCUCGGUGGCCCCCAGUGGAAUGACCCGGGUUCAGACGAUGGCCUGUGGCUCCUGUUCCAACGAGAACGCCUACAAAGCAAUGUUCAUCUGGUACCGGAACAAGGAGCGAGGGCACAGCUCUCCAUCUGAGGAGGACAUGAGCAGCUGCAUGAUAAACCAGGUCCUCCACUUCCACCGUAUCACUAAGCUGGAUUCCAAACUGAGGCCGCAGAAUAUUGACCUUUUGCUUCUGUGUUUUCGUGUCAGACCCCGGGCUGUCCAGAUCUCAGUAUCUUAUCCUUCAUGGGAGGCUUCCAUGGACGAACCAUGGGCUUCUGCAGCCGUCUUUCAGGAAGACAGCAGCUACUCUGAAACUCUGGAUCUGGUGCUGGCACUACCUUAUCUAAGAGCUGAUCCAUUCUGCUGCUUGGCAACAACCCAUUCUAAAGUCAUCCACAAACUGGACGUCCCAUCGUUUGAUUGGCCCAUCGCGCCGUUCCCCAAGCUGCAGUACCCCCUGGAGGAGUUUGCCAGAGAGAAUGCACAGGAGGAGGCCCGCUGCCUGGAGGAGGUGGAGGACCUGAUCGUGAAGUGGAGGCAGAAAGGCAGACCGGUGGCAGGCAUCGUCAUUGAACCCAUUCAGGCUGAAGGAGGGGAUAACCACGCCUCCGCCGACUUCUUCAGGAAACUCCGCAACAUCGCGCGCAAGGUAACAGGUAGCCCAGCUCAGCCGGACGAGGGAGGCCCCGCGUCCGUAAACCUCUUGUGUCCUCAGCAUGGCUGUGCGUUUCAUGUGGAUGAAGUCCAGACCGGUGGGGGAGCCACUGGGAAGUUUUGGGCCCAUGAGCACUGGGGCAUGGACGACCCCGCCGACAUCGUCUCCUUCAGUAAAAAGCUCCUCACGGGGGGGUACUACCACAAGGACGAGCUGCAGGCCGACAAGGCCUACCGGAUUUUCAACACCUGGAUGGGCGACCCGUCCAAGAACCUGUUCCUGGCGGAGGUCCUGAAUGUGAUCCGGCGGGAGAACCUGCUGGAGGAGGUGAACCGCUCUGGGAAGGCUCUGCUAAACGGCCUCUACGAGCUGCAGCUCAGCCAGCCCGUGCUCUGGCUUUCUCCUCUGACCGUAAUCAGACAGGAGUUGUCCUGCUGGGACUGUGCUGUGAGACCCCGUGUGCUCCUGGGGGGAUGCGGCGACCGGUCGGUCCGCUUCCGUCCAGCUCUGGUGUUCAAGGAGUACCACGUCCACAUGUUCCUCAACCUCUUCAACGAUGUGCUGGCCCAGUACAAAUAG